UACAUUAACAAAAUAAAAGAAGGACAAAUGGUAAAGAAUUGUAUGUACCGGGUGAUCAUUCCAAACAUCCCUUGACCGAUGGUUGGGUUGGUCGUACAAGUCCGUUGGAUCCAACGGUCCUUGCUCGAGAUAAUACCGUUGGUUGUAUAUAUCCACGUUCUCCCCAACCUACGAGAAAAUAACAACGAGGUUAGUACAUAGAUUAAUUAAAAAGCUUAUAACAACAACAAAAAUUAAACUGGAAUAAUGAGUACGUACCGCUUGAAAUUCAUCAACAUAAACUCCCUUUCCUUGCCACCAAUCGACCAUUUUUUCCGGAAAUUCGGACAGAGAUUCGGUGUUGCUCGGCGGGUUUUGAGGAAAAAACCUAAGAAAUGUUUUCUGAUGGCAGAUCGGACUUAGCCGCAACCAACACACCACUAUUUCCUAGGCUUUUGGGAGGGGAGGGUUUAGAGAGAUAAUUCUAGAGAGAGAGAGAGAGAGAGAGUGGAGAAUGGUUGUGGUGUGAAUAAUUGAGAGGGAGGGAGGGGGUAUUUAUACCCAUCAGACCGCACCCCCCAGGGGCGGUCGGGUAAUUUUGUCCCACACAGCGGUUUGCGAGUCACGAGGCGCUGACCGCGCCUUGUCGCUGCGGUCCUCGAUCCAUGGCGCGGAUCGCUCUGCUGGCGCGCGGUCCAUCGUCCGAUCGCUCCUCCAUCGAACGGUCUUGAAGACCGUUCCGCAGAGAAGGCACACCGCACCUUCCUAGUGCUGUUCGUUUGCUGACGUGUCGUGGAACACACCCCUAAGAUGCGUUCCAUUAAAAAGAGUGCUAUUUAUGUCAAUUUUUUCGUCUGAAUGCUAGUUUUGUAAUUUUUUUUAAACGUGCUAUUAUUGGAAAAAUCCCUGAAUGUAUGGGCUUUCUGAGUCAUCUCCAAAUCCACAACGUUCGAGGGCGACGAAACCUUACAGCUACACGUCAUCAACUACAGGAGGAACAGGGUGGUGAACGGUGUAAUUAAGCUAGUUCCAAACCCAAAAUUCUUCGAUAUUAGUUCUUUCCUUCUGUAAUUUUGCCGUAGUUGUCUAAUUGUUCUGUGUUAAUUAAUGAGCGCAGUGUUUUGGUGUUGAUUGCCCUCCUUAUUUUGAAUUCUCGAUUGAAUUACCACACUCUGUAAAGCAUUAAGAAUGUUAGUGUUGUGGUAUAUGAUCCACCAUCGAACCUCUCCCAACAACUCGAGUUAUUGGAAUCAAUUGGUUUUUGACAUGGUAUCAAAGCCUUCUGUGACCGAGAGGUCUUGUGUUCGAUUCCCGGUUACCCCCAUUUGUUAAGCACAUGGUAUUCUUGUCUUCGGACAUGUGCAAACUUAAAGCCCUUGUAAGUGGCUUUCGUUUGAGGGGGCAUAACUCAAGUUAUAAUUGGUCCCAGAACUGUAAUUUGGAGCUUGCUGACGUUGAUAAUGUGGCUCAUUGUUCAAAAAAGCACGCUUAACCUUACGCUUAGUCACGCCUAAGCGCAAGGCAAUUUGGAAAACGCUUCGCUUAGGGGUGUCACGCCUAAUUAGAUUGUGGAACACUUCAAUGAAGUAAGACGACAUAUAAGUCUCUUCUAAACAUCUCUAGAUGGAGCUAGGAAGUCAACACUAAAGUAGAAAUUAACAUCAACUAAGAAAUCAAUUUUAUAUAUCAAUAUUUUCAAUAUCUCAAGAACUUUGUGAGCUAUUGAUCUAUAAAUCUAUGAAUUCGUGAGCUAUGUUCUUGUCAUUAAGUGUUGAGUAAGUUAUUAAUCAUUUAAACUGAAGUGAGAAAGUAUUGUAGAUUAUUAUUCCAUUCAUCAUGCGGUACGAAUAACUAUUUUCUUUCAACGCCUAGGCACGCUUAGUCUACCCUAUGCGCUAGGCAAAGGCUCAACGCCCGUCUAAUGCCUAACGCUUUUUUGAACCUUGACGUGGCUACUGAAGGUUGUGGUUGGCGGAGAUUCUAUUUGACUAUUCGAUGCUCCGAUGGAGGGAAGAGGGACAGUGAAAGGAUUUACAGAACUCUGGUUUCAUGCCUUCUGGUGGAAGAAGGAGGAUAAACAAGUUUUGGUCUUCAGGGACUCUUCAAUGGGAAAAGUGUGUCACUAAUUAGCAUUCCAAUUCUGUCAUGGGCUGUUAAUUCCUGUCCUGUGCAUGCAGUUCUUUCAUUUCUAGCCUGAUGUUGAGCUCUAUAUAUAUUCAAUACUGUGCUGCUCAACGGUUUAAUACCCAAGAAGUUCUUUGUGUUGUGUGACAAUAGUUGGCUGGAUCAUUCAUGUUGCUAACUAGCACUCUGGUUUUCUGCUGCUGAUUCAGCGUACACUUCAGACUUCACCAUGGUUUUGGGCCUUUUGGCCCUGGCUUGAAAUCGACAUGGUGUGUCUUUUCCUUUUUGAUGUUGGCUUCCUUGUAGGUUUCAAGAAGGCUUAUAUCAUGACUGAUGUGGCUGUUUACGAUGUUCAGUCUUUGUAUGUCGAUCAUGAACUUGUUGUUGUGCUUGCUGAGAUUUUGUGGUUUGGUUUGCACGGUUGCUUGGGGUAUUUAUUGCAAUAGUAAUGUUGUCAACCACUUGUUUCUUAAUGAAAGAUGCUACUCUCUGUUACAGGUUUGUUAGAGCUGCCAGAGCCGUCCUCGCCCAUUAGACACAAACGCCCCGAGAGCUGAUGGCAAUUAGUGUGGAGUCCAAUUGGUUAUCAGGAUUCCGGAGUACUAGUCUGAAUAGCUAUGUGGACUGCUGAAAUACUAGAGUCAAAGCUUCGGUCGCUGAAGAUGGCAUUGCUGGAUUCUAGAGGAUACUUGACUAGUAGUGGUAGUGGGUUAUCUACUAUGGUUAUUGUGCAUGGAACAUAUGAGCAGGAUACAUAUUUAAUUUAGUUUGUUUUUGGCAUGACAUUUUACUCUGUACCCACUGAUGACAGAUAUGAGAUACAUAGUCCUAUACAUUCUGCAACUUCGCUAUUCAGUGAUGGAAAAAUCCCAAAGUAUACUAGUUCUUAAAAAAAAGGGAAUGAACUCUCAACAGUGCUUCUUGAGGCUCCACUCUCCCCCCUGAAUAAGUAUUUUCCCCCCCAAAAUUACACAUGUUUGGCAUUCACCAUUUUUUACAAACGCAGUGAAUAUAAUCACCGCGUUUGUCAAAAACGGUGAACAUUUCACCGUUUUAAAAUAAAACGAUGACGGGUUCACCGUCUUUGUAUAAAGCGGUGAAGUGUUCACCGCGUUAAACGAAAAACGGUGAAGACAUCACCGUUUAAGUUAAAAGCGGUGAAAACGUCACCGUCAUAGGGCAAAGCGCGGAACAUCUUCACCGCCUCAGGCUAAGACGGUGAUUAUUUCCCACGUUUCCCAACCAUGGUAGGUGAAAAUUAGGUCACAACUACCUAAUGUUCACCGUUUGAGACAAACACGGUGAUGAUGUUCACCGUGUUUGACCAAGGCGGUGAAUGUUAGCUGAUUUCUUUAUAAAUACCACACCACCCAGUGGCGGAUACAUGGACCAGUAGGGGUGUCCCGGGACACCCCUAAAAUUUGGGAUAACGAUUAUCUAAUCCCAAAUAAUAGUUUCGUAUGGAUAAAAAAUUAUAAUCGGUAAUCCGGGACACCCUUAAAUUUUGAAAAAAACGAUUAUCCUAAUCUCGGUAGUAAUUUGUGUAUGAUUAAAAAAAUAUAAGUGAUACUUUGUAUUAUUCAAACCUAGGACACUACUAUUAUUAAACAUAUUCUCUAGGUUUCAACUCGUUUCUUGUUCUAUUUUAAACACUAUAAAAUAGUAAAAACAUUAUUUCUUAUCCCCAAUUAUUUUCAAAAUCUAAUAAUUAAACUAAUUACGGGUUAUCCUUAAUUUGAAUUGAUUUCAUGGUUACAGGACAAUAGUUAAAAGAGUCUUUCUACUUUGAGUUACAUCAAGUACAAGGUUAGAAAUCGAUUAUGCGAUCAGUUCGUGCAUUACUGUCUAGUAUGAUAUACAGAUUUGUUGAGCAAUGUAGAUAUUGAGUGUAUUUUAUAUUCUGUUUUUCAAAAUAUGAAAAUACGUCUGGACUUUUGUUAAAAUAUGUAUUAGUCGGAUAUUUUCUGAUUUAUGAAUUAUUUAAUUAAUUUUAUUUAAUUUUUGGAGAGGACACCCUUAUAAAAAAAUCCUGGAUCCGCCACUGACACCACCAGCAGUUGUAAAAACAUAACCACUCCCCCCUCUUCAAAUUUCAGCAACCAAAACCGAGCAACAUACACAGAACAGGAAUUUACGGUAUGGUUUAAUUUUCGUAUUAAUUCCUAAUGGUUGUUUUUAGUAGUUAUAUUGUUAUGUUAUGAAUUACUUAUCGUAGCAAAUAUGGCCGAUGCUAUGAAUUACUGGAAUUACGCUAAUAGUUACUUAUUGUAAAUUGUAGAUAUGGGUAAAUUCAAGAAGUUUCAGCUUAUUAUUCGGUGGAAUGGAAUGGUUACAAACUCAGACAUAGGGAUUGAUUAUGAGGACGGUGUAUCAACUAAACUGAAAAUUGAGUCGCAUUCAAUUUUCAAGAACUCUGUGAUAUUUGUGCAUACAUGGUUUGUACGAGCGGACAUACGAGACUUGGUAAAAUUAGUUACCGGUAUCCAUGUAUGAGUACUGGCGGGCUUGUGUACCAAGAAGUUGUCAUAAACGAUGAUGAAGCGGUUACGAUGAUGUUACAGUUCCUAAGCGAUAACGAGAUGCGGCAAGCAGAGGUGUAUGUUGAGACCGAGACGGUCGGUGAAACUCAUUCUCACCAGUAUUACGAUGAUGGUUUUGCAGGAGGGUAUGGAUGGGGUGGUAGUUCGAGCAACUACGAAGGAAGUGGUUAUACAGGAGGUUAUGGAGAGGGUGGUAGUUCAAUCAACUACGGUGGAGGCAGUAGUGUAGGAUGGGUGCCAUCUGAAGAAUACUCGCAACAUGAUCAACCUGCCGAUGGCAUUCAAUGGCCUGCUUGGGGGCCUAAGUGGGCUGAAAUAGAGAAUACCAUUCGAGGAGGGCGUACUUCACAUGAGCGAGAAGACGAUAUUGGCGAUGGUGGUCAUGUUGAUCCUUUUGGGCCGAGCUAUCCAUUCGACUCGAGCGAAGAUGAUACCGAGGAAGAUUUGAGAUCAGUGAGCGAGGAGGAAGAUACUGAUGAUAACAACGACGAGGCGGUAUUUCGUGAGGCACCGACGCCAUACUACACACAGGUUCCAACUCAAUUUUUACAUAGCCAGAAUGAUGCCCUCGACUUUGUCCCUAUGCCAGUGUAUAAUCCGAAGGCCAAUUUGGAGGUGGGUAUGGCGUUCUCAUCGAAGGACACUGUGCAGGAUGCCUUUACCGAAGAGGCCUUGAGGCGCAAUUUCGAGUGGAAGGUAAAAUAUUAUGACAGUAAACAAUUACAUGUCAUAUUCAAGAAUGAUGUAGAGGGCUGUACGUGGCAACUGCGGGCUGCAAAUAUGAAGAGAAAGGGUGCCUGGGUGAUUCGAAAAGCUGAGACCAACCACACUUGCUCCUCGUCCAUACGUUCCCAGGAUCACAGGCAACUUAAAGCAAAGAUAAUUGGGAGAACUAUUAAACACCUUAUCAAAGUACAACCAGAUAUCAAGGUCAAAGCUAUCAUGGCCGAGGUGAAGGAUUGACAUUCUUACACGAUAAUGUACAAAAAAGCAUGGCAUGAAAAGCAGAAAGCCAUGACUGAGGUGUAUGGUGAUUGGGAGGAUUCGUAUGCUUUACUCCCUAGACUUAUGGCCGCAAUGGAGGAGUCCAACCCUGGGACUUUUUUCGUGCCAGUAUACAACAAUGUAUACACUAAGGAUCAAGUUCGAGUACAGGAGAAGUUGAUGUUUCACCAUCUUAUUUUGGGGUUUCAAACCAUUCAUUGACGGGUUUGCGUUAUGCAUACCGGUUAUUCAGGUAUUUUAAUACAUGUUUACUAUUUGA